AUGUCCUAUGACCGUUAUGUGGCCAUCUGCAAACCCUUGCAUUAUGUGACCAUCAUGAGCAGCAGGGUCUGCAGGAUUCUCAUUAUCUCUAGCUGGAUGGCUGGCUUAUGUGUAAUAAUCCCACCCCUAAGCCUGGGUUUAAAUCUGGAAUUCUGUGACUCUAUCAUAGUUGACCAUUUUACCUGUGAUGCAUUUCCCCUUGUGAAAAUCUCCUGCUCAGACACAUGGUUUAUGGAACAGACAGUUAUCAUCUGUGCUGUGCUGACACUAAAUGUGACUCUUACUUGUGUCAUUCUGUCAUACGGUAGUAUCAUCAGGACAAUAUUUCGAUUCCCAUCUGCGCAGCAAAGGAAAAAGGCCUUUUCAACCUGUUCUUCCCACAUGAUUGUGGUUUCCAUCACCUAUGGCACGUGCAUUUUCAUCUACAUGAAUCCCACAGCUAAGGAAGAAGUGACUGUUAAUAAAAUGGUUUCAUUGCUUAUUUCUUCUGUUUCACCUGCUUUGAAUCCAUUUAUUUAUACCCUGAGGAACAAUCAAGUUAAGAAGGCCAUCAAAGACUCAAUCAAAAGACUUGUCUUGCUCUCAGCUAAGUAA